CGCGCCUAUUGGCUCAAAGGGAGCGCAUGUCAGGAGAGGCAUCGCUGAUGGAGAAGCAAGGGGCGGGGAGUGGUUUGGGAUGGACGCGGGGCAGAGACGUCUGAAGGUUGGUCCUGCGGAGUGGUGGAAGUGCCCGGAUGCCCUUUGCAAGAGGCUACUUUACUGGUACUUUUCUGCUCCGUCUCCAGGCCUUGCAUGCAAUGCGCAACCUUUCCCGCCAGACGCGGGUUUUUCCGGCCCCUUCCAAGUGCCCAAGCGCCAAGCAGGGAGUUCUUAUCGCGGCCGCUACCAGAGCUUUGAAAUAGAGAUAUUAUUCUUCUAUAUCCACGAUAGGCAUUGAUCGCACGCCUUUAUUGACCUGGCGCCCUUGCUCCACUGCAGGAGAGGUUUCUCCUGCCAGGCCGGAUUUGUUUUGCGCCUUUGAUUCCCGGGAAGGGCGAGGAGGCGUUCAGAAGGCGGCCGCUCGCAAGGUACUUGGCUCGGUCCCUACGCCCUCGCCCUCCACGAUGGCAACGGGGAGACUUUCCACGCCGGUCUCGGCAGACAGCGGUCUGGCCUGCGAAAGCUGCUUUUCCUCGCCGCUCAGCCCCAGCCGUCGGAGCCGCCUGCAGGAGAAGGAGGAGCUGCGCCAGCUCAACGACCGCCUGGCUCUCUACAUCGAGCGCGUCCGGGCCCUGGAGGCCGCCAAGGCGGCGCUGCAUCUCCGCCUGGCCGAGUACGAGGAAGGCAGCAGGCGCACCGUGGGCGUCCUGCGGCGGAGCUACGACAGCGAGCUGAGCGCGGCGCGCAGGGUGCUCGACGACCAAGCCCUCCAGCGCGCCGCUCUGCAGGUCGAGCUGGAUAAGCUGCGCGAAGAGCACAGGCAGCUGCUCGCCAGGAACUCUAAAAAAGAGGUUGAUUUAAGCCUGGCAGUUGCUCGUGCAAGGGACCUUGAUGCUCAGCUCCACUCCAAAGCAGCAGAAUUGGCAACAUCCUUGAGUAGACAGCAAAGCUUGGAGAACGAUCUUCAAGAGUCAAAAUAUCAAAUCAUCUCUCUCAAGAAGAUGGUUAGUGAUUCCAAAACCCAUCUUCAGAAUGAGACGUUGAGAAGAACAGAUGUGGAAAGCCAAAUGAAAACUCUAAAGGAGCAAGUGACAUUUCUAAAGAACCUCCAUGAAGACGAGCUUAAGAACAAGAAGCGAUUCUAUGAGAGCAGGAUUCAAGAAACAGAGUCUGGCCGUCAGCAGGAAUAUGAGAGUAAACUGUUGAAUGCCCUCAAAGAGCUCAGGAAGGAACAUGAACAACAGAUUCAGGAGUAUAAACAUCAGAUAGAGCAAAACUUCAGUGCCAAAAUGGAAAACAUCCAGCUUUCUGCUGCAAAGAAUAGUGAUAUUGCCAAUUCUGCUCAGGAAGAGCUCAGAAAAACAAAACUGAGAGUUGAUACACUGAUGUCACAGAAUGCUACAGUGGAAGCCAGGAUAAGAGAGCUGGAGGCCAGAAUAAGGGAUCUGGAGAAGACCAUUGUCUAUGAACGAGACUCAUCAAAGAGAUGCAUAGCUGAAAAGGAUAGGGAGAUGGCAGAAAUGCAGCAGCAGAUGGAGGCUCGGCUGGAAGACUAUGAGCAUCUUUUGGAUAUGAAGCUGGCUCUGGAUCUGGAGAUCAGUGCCUAUCGGGCAAUGUUGGAAGGAGAGGAAAAACGGUUAAAACUGUCCAGGCCCUCCUCGGAAAGUGUUGGAAUGCAGGCAACAAUCAACCAGGGCUGCUCCCACUUCCUGCAAGGAAAGAAAAGGAGACGGACACUUGCAAAACAGCGAGCCCACAGCAUGAGCUUCAAAGUGGUCCAGCAUGCUUCAUCUUCAGGAAGUGUCUCCAUAGAAGAUAUUGACACAGAAGGAAAAUUCAUCAAAAUUAAAAACAAUUCUGAUAAGGAUCUGUCACUAACUGGAUGGAUGGUAAGAAGGCAUUACAGAAAUGAAUCUGACAUAAUGUACCAGUUUCCUGCUCGAUUUACCCUUCGGGCUGAUCAAGUUGUUACAAUCUGGAGUGCAAUAGAAAGUUCAAGCCCAGGUCCUGGUGCACUUGUUUGGAGAUCCCCAAAGUCGUGGGGAGUUGGAGAGAACAUUACCAUUGUGCUUCUUGAUGCGGAUGGCAAAGAAACUGCAGAGGGAAAGAUCACUUAUGUGGAUAGAGGAGAAGGGGAUGGAGAAAUGGAAGAUGCUGCUGGGCAAGAAGAAGUGGAGCUUCAUAGUCAGCAAAACGAAAGUCGCAGCUGCCCCAUAAUGUAGCCAAGAGAAGAUGGUGACCAUCCGUGGAAGCUUCCUUCAACUAAAUUGGCACUCAGCCAUUUGCCAGAGAUGCUCUUGGAUGCAUAAGCUUGAAGCAGGAAAGCCGUAUCUGGCUUCCUAAGAACGUAUCUCCCCAGAUGGCGGAAGUUGCCUUCUGUUGCAUUGGGUCUUGCUGAGGGCAGAGCUAUUCAGGCUGGAAUAUAGUUCACACUCGCUCUCCUCGAUGAACAGACUCAUGAACCCCCAAAAGGCAAUAGCAAAGGACCCUUGUGUGCAAGUAUAUGCAUAGAAUUAGGAUAUUGGGGGAUGGCAGGUUAUGCCUCCUGAACACAGAUAAUCUUGAAGUAGUUUCUUUGAUGGCCUUUGGAAAUCAAGCGAGCGAAAUCCUGUAACUUAUUUCAGUGGUAAAGUACACAGAUGGGGGUGUGCACUAUUGCUGAAUUGAAUGGCAAGGCCCCACUUGCUUAGGAGGCUUCUAAAGGUCUGUUUUCUAAUACCACCUAGAAUGGCCUGAUCCAGAGAGGCACUCGGCAGAGCUCUCUGUUCCUCUACUGAGCAAGGCAGCCCCCAGGCACACACCUCAGCUUGAAAAAAUGGUUUAAAGUUAUUCUUAUGGCAGGGUCCUGAGAGGACUUUAGUCCUCCUCAGUAGCUUGGGAAACAUCCCGUUACGUAUGCCUAAUUAAAGGAGUUCUUCUAAUUCAUUAACACCUCGCAGCAACGUAAUACUGUCAGGGUAACUUGGUUGAGGCACGGGUGCACUGUAGCAUUCUGUUAGUUUGACUUAUGACAGCUGGCUUUAUAGGAAGAUCUUGAGCUAUUUGCUGGUCAUUCAGCCUCAUCUAUCAUCCCAAAGCUAGCUGGAGGCCCUUCAGUAGGAUACAGAAGAGGACCAGAGAAAUGCCAGGUGUGUUUGUGAACAACGCCUGAACUUUUUCACAGUGCACACUUAUAUCUGGAUGGGUUGCAUUUUGAAGCUCAGGGCUGAGUUAGGGCUCUUUCAUUUUGUUCAGAAUCAGAAAGGGUGUACCUAUUGCUACAACUCUAAGUGUUAGGACAGGUUUGUUUUAAUAUAACUUUUUUUCUUGCAAGGGUUCCUUUCAAUCGGAUUUCUUCAUCAAACAUUUUAAAAUAGUUAUUUAAUAUUAAAUACUAUUAAUACUAGGCUUGGCCUCUGAUAUUUUAGCAUACUUAAUAUAUUUAAUUUUGGUACUUCCUCAUAUUCAGAAUGUUAGAUGGAAAUAAGCUAAUCUCUGCUCUUACGCUGGGAUUUAUUUAAAAGAGGGGAAAAUUAAUUGAACCACUUGCUUUCUAUUAAAGGAAUCUCUCAUGCAGCUGAUGAUUGUUUUUGGCAGGCCAGAAUGCUACACUGACUGUUUUAUUUCUAAGAAAUGAAGCAACCAGGAGAGAGCUGGGUUGAGCCUUCCAAAUGCACAUUUUUAUUGUGCUGUAUUUAAGCAAACUGUAGACCUCUCUACUUCUGUGGAACAAGAUUUCGCAAAAAUAAAAAUGCAAUGAGCUAAUCGAAACAGG